AUGGCUGUUACUUUCCGGUGUCUAGGUGGUAUAUUGAAUGGCAAUGUUGGGGUUAUGCGGACGAUGAUUAGUGAGAUUAUCAAGGAGAAGAAGUUUCAGAGUCGGGCAUUUUUGAUUUUGCCGAUGAUUUUCAAUAUUGGGGUUAUUGUUGGGCCGGUAUUGGGUGGUGUACUCGCCGACCCUAUAGCUAGCUAUCCAUCUCUCUUCGGUCCAAACUCUACCUUCGGCGGGAAAGAUGGUGUAUACUGGAUGAAAACGUACCCUUACGCUCUCCCCAAUCUAAUCAGCGCUAUAUUCCUCUUCCUCUCCUCCUUCGCCGUCCUCUUCUUCCUAGAGGAAACAAGCGACCUCUGCAAACACAAACCAGACCCGUGCCUCCGCUUCGGCCACUGGCUCAUCCGAACCCUCCUCUGCUACCCCGCAUCCCGCGCUUCCGGCUAUACCGCCGUGCCCAACUCCGACGUCGAACUGCACCGCCCAGACAGCGCCGUCUAUCUAGAAAACCCCAAAAAGCCAGUCUUCCGACAAAAACUUCCUUUCCGACGUAUCUGGACCGCCAACCUAAGCACCACGCUCCUCGCCCACGGCGUCCUCGCAAUGCAUGUCGGUACCUUCAACGGCCUUUGGAACCUACACCUAUCUACCCCGCGUUACGACCUAGAACACCCUCAUCCCACUGGUUUCAUCCCACAUGGAAUUUUCUUCACCGGCGGUCUCGGUAUGCCACCGUCACGCAUCGGUCUCGCCCUCGCUAUCAUCGGUGUAAUAGGUAUCCCACUCCAACUCCUCGUGUACCCCCGCCUCUCCCACCGUCUCGGCACAACAUCCUGUUACCGCAUCUUCCUCGCGCUGUUCCCAGUCAUGUACACCAUCACUCCCUUUCUCAGUCUGGUACCUAGUACCACCCCGCCGCCAGAGGGCGUUUCCGGACCUUUGUGA